AUGACUCUCAGUCAUAGAUGGGGGGCUGAAACCUUCAAGCUGCAGCAGAGUACCCAAGGAAACAUGCUUCGUGGUCUGCCUGUCUCGGUUCUGCCCGGGACUUAUCAGGAUGCCGUCCGUGUAGCCAGACGUUUCAAUGUCCGAUAUCUCUGGAUUGACUCUAUAUGCAUCUUCCAGGACGAACGACUUGAUAUCCAGAACGAGGCGAGCAUGAUGGCUGAAGUCUUUGGCAAUGCCACUUGCAACAUUUCAGCCUUGUCCGGUAGACAUGAUAGCCUUUUCUGCACUCGAGUCCCUGAUGUGGUCAACAGCGACUGUGUCCUCUUAGAAGCACAAGCCUGCAAUCUGCGUCAGUCAUACCUUCUAAACGACCUGCAGUUGUGGCGAGGAGAACUCCUUCACAUGCCUCUUACCACACGAGGAUGGGUCCUUCAAGAGGAACUACUAGCACCUCGCACCAUUUACUUUGGGAACAGACAAGUGCUGUGGGAUUGUGCAGGGUUUCGUGCUUGCGAAACAUAUCCUGUAAUGCAGCAAAAGAGGCCUCUCCACGUCCCUCCAGAGUUCAACGACAAAACAAACUUCCUUCACGAUGAAGAAAUCGGACCGAUUGCCUCGGUGCUGCGAGUUGCAAAAGCGUCGGUACAAACACCCUACAGCGAAUCUGACGUCCAUGAACGGCAGCAAAUGCUGUUCGAUGUGUGGACGCGACUCGUGGCGCACUAUUCCCUCCGCGAGUUGACGUUCCCUACAGACAAGCUCCUCGCCAUAGCAGGUGUGUCCAAGCUUUUUGGGACGGUCAUGCAAGACCAGUCCGUGGCCGGGCUCUGGCGUCGCCAUCUCAUGGACAGUCUACUCUGGUACGUACGCGCCAACACCAGCACAUCCCGUCCGCUUGAGUACCGCGCUCCAUCAUGGUCGUGGGCUUCUAAUGAUGGCUAUGUCCUCCAUGCCGAACCUUUUAGCAUGCCCUGGACAGUGGCUCGGGCGCUGAAUGCAGAAUGCGAGACAGAGGGAGGGGGCGAAUACGGCGUGGUCGUCUCGGCACGGCUCCGACUGCAAGCGGCGCUCUUGUGCAUGUCAAUUGACCACGAUGGCAACUGGACUGCUAGCAAUGGUCGCUUCUCCGAAAAGCUCAGUAUACGCAAAAUGCCGCGGCUGAUUGUACGACUUGACACCACGGAGGACUUGUCCCGCCUGACGGGGAUGCUGGGUGCCAUUAUCCGGACUACGGCAUACCGGCUGACUGACACUGCAUCUGGUUCCGGUGAUACGACUGUCAAUGGUAAGAUCCUUCUUGCGGCCCACGGUAUCAUUCUUGCACCAGUCAAGGCCGCGGUUCGGGAUAUUGCAGAUGAUUGCAUAUCUCAGUCAAACAUGACCUUGGCAGCGGCCACAGAGUUUAGGCGCGUCGGGUAUUUCGCUCUCGAGGAUCGCAGAAGCGGUAGUCUCACUCCGAAAUGGGUGCCGGAAGGGUGCAGGAUCUUUCAUGGACCCCUGGGUCAAGGGGUCGAUGGUCAAGGAAGGCGAUUGAAAGAGUUUGACUUCGAUGGGCAAAGUCAGUGGUUGAAGGUCGUGGAUAUUGUUUGA